AAGAGCGCCCCCUCACCGGCAGUUGYCUCCGGUUGUAGCGGUUCCCGGAGGCUCCGCCAUGGCCGCUCCGGGCCUGGCCCUGCCGCUGCUCGCUGGGCCCUGCUGAACCCCAGCCAUGAGCUCUCGGCAGCCCGACGCUCCCGCGCUGGAGCCGAGCGGCGGGCCCCGCUCGGGUAGGAUGUCGCUGCCYCUCGGCGUCCCACGCCGCGCCUUCAGCUACGAUGAUGCCCUGGAGGACACGGCGCCCAUGACGCCGCCGCCUGCCGAUCUGUGUGCCAGCGUCCUCUGGAAGCAGCCGGUCAUCCCCGAGCGCAAGUACCAGGAGCUCUUGAAGGAUGAGGAAGGGGAUCCCACCAUGAAACCUGUCGUAACUCCUUCAUCAUCCACAGAAAGUGUGAACAAGGUGCCUGUGGUGAAGGCCAAGGCCACUCAUGUCAUCAUGAACUCCCUCAUCACAAAGCAGACUCAGGAGAGCAUCCAGCGCUUUGAGCAGCAGGCAGGACUGAGGGAAGCUGGCUACACACCCCACAAAGGCCUCACCACUGAGGAGACCAAGUACCACCGAGUGGCUGAGGCAGUCCACAACCUAAAAAUGCAGAAUGGAGAGACAACAAAAGAUGACAAACAGAAUUCUUCUGCUCAGUCCACUCCAAGCAGCACCCCCCACUCCUCCCCCAGGCAUAAAACCAGGGGUUGGUUCAGUCAGGGAUCUUCUGCUUCUAUCACUGGCCCAGACUUUKCUAUGGAAGGUGGUGGGGACAGAAUACCAUCUGAAAGAUGGAGCUUUUUUGGACCCAAAGCUGUCCAGAAAUCCACCAGUGAAACAGGAGGAUUUACCAUUCAGUCCUAUAAGGGUGCCCAGAAGCCAUCCCCAAUGGAGCUGAUGCGUGCUCAGGCUACAAGGAUGACAGAGGAUCAAAUCACCUUCAAGCCACCCAAAAUGGACAUUCCAGGCACAGAUGGGAGGAAACAAUCUCCACGUUCCCACAAUAUCAAACCUCGGGAUCUGAAUGUGCUCACCCCCACUGGCUUCUAGAGGAAAGCUUCCAGUGUCUUUAGCAGGCUACAGAGUGUCUUAGGCUCUGCUUCCCUGUUCUGUGUGCUGCAGCAAAGUAGGAAAGUCUCCCUUUCCAGCUCUUCAUCUCAGAAAAAGAAACAGUUGUGAUUGUCCUGCUAAAGCCAGUCUUGGAAAAACGCCUGCACCGGUCCUAAACCAAUGGAAACCAUCCUGUCUGYUGCACUGCACUAGUUUGGGCUGCCAGGCURCUCUGGGUGUGCUUCYCAGURCACCACACCACAGUGAACCCUGAGCCAURWUUUUUUGGGACAGGAUUCCAUGUGGUGUGUGAGUAGCUGGCUUGUCUGCCUGGAGUCUUGUCUGGCUCAGUGCUGAAGGACCCACAGGAGGACUGGUUCUGUCAGAACUCAAGCAGAAAAUGGAAAAGAAACAAGGACUGAAAACUGGACCUUUACCUGCCAGAAGGAAGAUGGGGAAUGUGGUGGGUCAGUAUAAAUGUGGCACUCCCUUACUAUCCAGUGUGGCCAUGUUUUUUGUUCUUGGGAUGUUUUUUAAAGGGAAAAAUGACCA